CUUUAAAAUAUUAAAUCAAUGCAUAAAAUAAAUAUAAAGCGCAUUAAGCAAUAAAGUGCUACGAAAACAAUAAAGACGAAUAGUAGUUUUCAAAUCGUAUACAAUGUAUUAAAAAAAAUAUAUAUAUAUAUAAAGGAAAUAAAAAAAUCUAAUUAUUUCGUGAAAGGGAUAAUACUUUAUCGUAAACGCACAUACAAAAAAUUACAAUCAGCCUCUUUCGAGUAUGAAUAAUAACAAUCUUACAAUUUAUUGAGUGAACAUUGUUGAUUGAAAACAUAUCGACCACCACACCGUUCCGAAAAUAUGUAUUACGCUUUAUUUAAUUUUUUUUAAAAUACAAUACCACUUUUUAUACGUAAUCAAACGAAAGGAGGUGGGUGAACCGGUGCACACCCGAAAAGCAUAUACAUAUUGUUGUGGUGGGGUAAAUCGAAAAAGAAGAUUUUUAUAAAAAAGUAUUACACCAAUUGACGAGAAUGUAUCAGAGUGCUUGCAAUGCGGCCACAACUGGGUCAUGUGCACCUAGCACAGAGGCUUCUGAAAGGGAUGCUGAACGUGCAACAGCUUUAAUGGCGAAACAGCCACCAAGUGCACCGAUUGAACCGGAUUAUAGUGGUUUCGAUAUCGUCAAGGCCACCCAGUAUGGAGCUACAGCUAGAGUGAAAGAACUGGUAGACGCUGGUUGGGAUGUCAAUCAGCCAGAUAGCGAAACGGUGACACUGUUACAUUGGGCCGCUAUUAAUAAUAGACGAGAUAUAAUACGUUAUUUUUUGGAAAAAGGAGCCUUAGUUGAUGCAGUGGGUGGGGAAUUGAAUGCUACACCUUUGCACUGGGCCACCAGACAAGGUCAUUUGGGUUCGGUUGUUUUAUUAAUGGCCGCCGGUGCCGAUCCACGUGUACGAGAUGCGGAAGGCUGCUCUUGCAUACAUAUAGCCGCUCAAUUUGCUCAUACCGCUUUAGUUGCGUAUUUUAUAGCUAAAGGUGUGGAUCCCGAUUUACAAGAUCGUGGUGGCAUGACAGCGUUGAUGUGGGCAGCAUGGAAAGUGUGUGCUUUGGAUCCGGUGCGUUUAUUGCUUACUUUGGGGGCUAGCCCCGCUAUGGUCGAUUAUACACACGGUAACACGGCUUUGCACUGGGCAAUUCUAGCGCGUAACGCUACCGCUAUCAAUACGUUAGUGCUUAAGUCUAAAGCUUCCCUGGACGUACCAAACCUGCGUGGCGAAACACCGCUCUCUAUGUUAGAAACCCAAGCGGGUGCAAUAUGGAUCAGCUCUAAAGUUAUGGAGCGCGUUAAAGAGGCAUCCCAAUCAUCGCUAUAUCGCCGUUCGUGGAUGGGCCGCCUUAAGCAUGAUAAACGAUUACGAUGGUGGUGCAUGGUAGCUUGCCCGUUCACCGCAUUUUAUUUAGCCGGCGUGGUAUUCACCUUAAAUACUUUGUAUAUCAUAAAAUUCUUUUUACUCGGUUGCUUAUAUGCUAUCUUUUAUACCAUGGGAAAGACUCUGUUCGAUGAGCACUUAAUGGCUUUAUUGCCGUUGAGUGUAUAUUUGGCCACAAAGGCUUGGUUUUACAUAACCUGGUUUGUUUAUAUUGUGGAUGCAGUAUCAUUUGGGACAACAAUAACAUUUUUCUUUUGCUCGUUGGGCUUGUGGGUGUGUUUUCUAAAAUCAUGGAAAGGCGAUCCGGGAAUAAUACAGCCUACUAAAGAACAACGAUUUAAGACUAUUGUAGAGUUAUCGGAAAGCGGAGGCAUCGGUUUUGAACCUUCAGCAUUUUGUUCGGGUUGUUUGGUGCGCAGACCCAUACGCUCGAAGCAUUGCAGCGUUUGUGAUCGAUGCGUGGCACGCUUCGAUCAUCAUUGCCCUUGGGUGGGCAAUUGCAUAGGCUUAAAAAAUCAUACCUACUUUAUGGGUUUCCUAUGGAUGCUGCUCAUUAUGUGUACUUGGAUGUUGUAUGGUGGAACGUUUUAUUACGUGAACAGCUGUAAUGUACAUAUUCAGGAUAUUUUUGAAGAUUUGCGCGCUAUUGGCGAAUGUAAUGCUUGGAUCGGUUGGGUUAUGGCAAAUUCCUUGCUACACAUGAGCUGGGUAAUAUUGUUAACCAUCUGUCAAACUUAUCAGGUAAUCUGCCUAGGAAUGACUACCAACGAACGCAUGAAUCGUGGUCGCUAUCGUCAUUUUCAAGCGCGUGGUGGUCAAAGUCCAUUCACACGCGGUCCUAUUAAUAACUUAGUGGAUUUUCUGGAAUGCACUUGCUUCGGUUUAUUAAAACCAAAACGUAUCGAUUGGAUGAAUUACUAUGAGUUUGAUAUGCAUAAAAAUAAAACCAUUGAACAGGAGCCAUUGCUGUGUAAUGGCAAUACAGAUGAGGCAACAUCGACAACGGCGGCCACACACAAUUAUCAAUACGUGUAGGACAAAACGAAUCGGGAUGCGAUGACACGUAAGUCACCCAUAGCUAAUGUUUAAAGGAAAUAUAUUAACAAAAAAUUAUACAUAUAUAAAUGCAUACAAAGCUGCGGUCAAUAAUGUGAGAACUAUAGUGUUUAAUAACAAUAACAAAUAAUGCGAAGAUAAAGUGCUUUGAAAUGCAAAAAUUUUUUUUUUAUAUAUUAAAUAAAUAUAAAACCAGUAUGACCAUUAUAUUCCCGAUUCCAUACAUAUUCCAUACAUAUGUAGGCUUGCUGAUUGAUUCAUUUUCCAUUAGAAUGGAUCUAACUAAAAUCAUUUUCUACAAAUUCAAUUCAAUUUUAUGUGAAAGUAUGUAUGUAACGUAUUGGACAUGCAUAUUAUGCAAAGCAUUUUUUUUUUUUUCUUUUUUUUCCAUCAUGUACACGAUGUUAUGUUUUAAAUUGGCAUAAACUUUACGAUUCGCAAUUUUUAAGUUUAGAAAUUCGUGUUUUUUUUUUUUAUUUUUUCCUUUCAUUGGAUCUCAAAUCAUUUUUCAACAUCUCCUCGGAAAUGUUAAGAUCAGCAAUAAAAGAGUUUUUUUUUGCUUAUACUAAUAUUGAAUUUUGAAUCAAAAAAAUUAAUUAAAUGCGAAAUGAAAUUU